CGAUGAAGGAGGGGCUUGAUCUUUGGCAUUGCACUUGUAUUUGCAGAUUGCUCGAAUGGAUUCUCGGUAAUUCGUGAUUUUUAACCUGUGAGACGGCGGGAUUAAUUCAUCGGUUCAUGAUGAUGAAAAUGAGGCAAUUAGUAGUUAGGCGUAAUGAGAAUUUUAUGAUCAAGUCGUGGAUAAGUGACUGGACAUUGGAGCUGUCAUUGUUGAAUUACUGUUUAUUCGCGAUUGUUGAAGAGUUGCCAGUGCAAUUACGUAAUAGUUUUCGGAACUAGUGCCCUGUGAAAAGAUGGCGAGCAUCAAAGGAAACGACGGUUUGAGCGAAAUCCAAUCGUUUUACAAGGGCAAAACGAUAUUUAUAACUGGGGCUUCGGGUUUCAUGGGGAAAGUCCUCCUGGAGAAGCUUCUUUACAGCUGCAGCGAUCUGGACCGCAUCUACAUUCUCCUGCGUUCAAAACGGGGUCGAACACCGGAGCAACGGGUCGAGGAGAUGUUUAAACUUCCCUUGUUCGAGAGACUCCGAAAAUCGCAACCAGAUGCCAUUAAUAAAGUUAUUGCUCUACCGGGGGACGUGACACUGGUAAAUCUCGGACUGACGGAAGCCCAACGUGAUCUUCUUGCUGAGCGUGUGCAAAUCGUGUACCACAGUGCAGCGACCUUGAAACUCGAGGCCAAGCUCAAGGACGCCGUUGAGAUGAAUACCAUUGGAACGGAUUCGAUGCUCCAGCUGGCGAGACGGAUGAAAAAUCUUCAGGUCUUUGUCCAUGUGAGCACUGCUUUCUGUCAUGUCGAUCAGGAUGAGCUGCAUGAACGGGUUUAUGAUGCCCCGGAUGAUCCCCACGAGGUCAUGAGACUCGUUCGUUGGCUCAAGGACGAUGCCCUCGAUCUCAUCACUCCGAAGCUGCUGGAGCCACAUCCCAACACUUAUACAUAUUCAAAGAGAUUGGCAGAGACACUUGUGGCCAAUGAAUACCCGAAUAUGCCUUGCGUAAUCGCAAGACCUUCAAUCGUGACACCGGCCUGGGAGGAGCCUCUGCCAGGGUGGGUGGAUAGUUUGAAUGGCCCAGUGGGACUGAUCGUGGGCGCUGGUAAAGGGGUGAUCAGAUCAAUGCACUGUAAUGGCAAUUAUCACGCUGAGGUGGUGUCCGUUGAUUUUGCCAUCAAUGCACUCAUCGCUAUUGCCUGUAAGAUUGGAAGUACCAAGAAUAGGGAUUUCAGAACUCCAGAUAUGCCGGUGUUCAACAUCACUCAGAGCCGAGUGGUUCCAGUUACAUGGGCUGACGUGUUGGAGAAAGGAAAAUCGGUUGCAUAUGAAUUCCCUUUUGAUGGAGCAAUUUGGUACCCAGACGGCGAUAUUCGGAGCAGUAAAUUUAUACACAAUUUGGUUGUCUUUUUCUUCCAUAUUAUCCCUGCGUACUUCAUUGAUUUCCUCAUGUUGAUAUUUAGGCAAAAACGAUUCAUGGUAAGAAUUCAGAGAAGAAUUUCCGAUGGGCUCGAGGUUCUGCAGUACUUCACGACGAGGGACUGGAUCUUUCACAACACCAAUUUACUCGACUUGUGGGACAACAUGAGUUCGCAGGACAAAGCACUGUUCAAUAUUGAUUUCCUAUCUAUCAAUGACUUGGAGUACAUCAAGAGGAUAAUACUGGGGGCGAGGCAGUACUGCAUGAAAGAGAAGUUGGAAGAUCUGCCGAAGGCACGCCUGCAUCUUAAAUUCCUCUAUGUAAUUCAUCUAAUGGCAGUCUAUGGAUUCUACUAUCUCGUCCUCUCAACUAUCAUAAAGAACUUCGAGUUCACGAGAUACUGUCUUGACCUUGUCACCGAGAAAAUGAAAUACUUACCGAUUCUGGGACGUUUUGUCGACAGAGCAGCUCCAGCCUAGACCGCAGCCUCAGGAGCAUCUAAUAAAAUUGUUUAGUCCCCCGGAAGAAAAAUAAAACAAAAAUUCGAUUGACAAAAAUGUAUCUGUACAAAACCGUCUAUUUUACACAUUGAAAUGACUUCCAAAUAUAAUAGAUAUAAUAUAUUUCAAGUUGACAACGUAAACAAGAUAAUUUUCUUUACAAAUUACAAGUAUUCUCACCCUUUGGGAAAUAUAAAAAAAUUUUCCUUA